UGUAGCUUAGCUCAGGUAGCUACGCUGGGGGUAGUGGGAUUCCGGGCUCCGGCGAUGGGACUUCUGUAAUGAAGGCUUCGGGGAUAGGGCUUCUGGGACCCAAGCCGGAAGCGGACUGGGGACUUGGAUGUUGAGGUUUGCAGCUGCCCAGCAGGGUCGGAGUAGCUGUGAAGGUUGUGGGUGCUGGACCUCCGGACAUGAGCGUGGGUUUCAUCGGGGCAGGGCAACUGGCUUUUGCCCUAGCCAAGGGCUUCACAGCAGCAGGUGUUCUGGCUGCUCACAAGAUAAUGGCCAGCUCCCCGGACAUGGACCAAGCCACGGUCUCUGCCCUCCGGAGGAUAGGGGUGAACCUGACAUCCCACAACAAAGAGACAGUUCACCACAGCGAUGUGCUCUUCCUGGCGGUGAAGCCACACAUCAUCCCCUUCAUCCUGGAUGAAAUCGGUGCUCACAUCGAGGACAGGCACAUUGUGGUGUCCUGUGCGGCAGGUGUCACUAUCAACUCCAUUGAAAAGAAGCUGACAGCGUUCCAGCCAGCUCCCAAAGUCAUCCGCUGCAUGACCAACACCCCAGUGGUGGUGAGGGAGGGUGUCACUGUGUACGCCACAGGCACUCACGCUCAGGUGGAGGACGGCAGGCUCGUGGAGCAGCUCAUGAGCAGUGUGGGCUUCUGUACCGAGGUGGAGGAAGAUCUCAUCGAUGCUGUCACUGGGCUCAGUGGCAGUGGCCCUGCCUAUGCUUUCACGGCCCUGGAUGCUCUUGCUGACGGUGGAGUGAAAAUGGGGCUUCCAAGGCGCCUGGCUGUCCGCCUGGGGGCCCAGGCCCUCCUGGGGGCAGCUAAGAUGCUUCUGGACUCAGAACAGCAUCCAGGUCAGCUCAAGGACAAUGUCUGCUCUCCUGGUGGGGCCACCAUCCAUGCUCUGCACGUCCUGGAGAGUGGGGGCUUCCGCUCCCUGCUUAUCAAUGCUGUGGAGGCCUCCUGCAUCCGUACACGGGAGCUUCAGACCAUGGCUGACCAGGAAACUGUCUCUCCUGCUGCCAUCAAAAAGACUGUACUGGACAAGGUGAAGCUGGAAUCCUCUGCUGGGGCCUCUCUGUCUUCUUCUGGCCAUAUUAAGCCACUGCCCUUCAGCCAGGCCCCAGCAGGCAAGGAAUGAUUCACCUGCCCAUACUCCCCCUGUCUCUACUUUCUCUCUUUGUUUCUUUUCUUUUCUUUGUUUUUUGAAACAGGGUUUCUCUGUGUAGCCCUGGCUUAGAACUCUCUCUGUAGACCAGACUGGGCUAGGAUUCACAGGUUUUUUGUUUGUUUGUCUGUUUGUUGCUAUUAUUUAAGCAGGGUUUUGCUACGUAGUCCACGUUAGCUUUGAAUUCUCCAUCCUCCACUCCACUCUAGUUUCCCAAGUUCUGGGAUUAUGGAUGAAUGUCAACAUGCCAGGCUCCUUUUUCUUUUAAGAUAGUGGCUUGAUGCGUUUCCUAGACAAGACUCAGACUUCUGGGCUCGGAUCAAUGCUCCCGCGUCAACCUGGGCUCAGAGCACGAGCACGCUCCCGUGUCAGCCUGGGCUUGGAGCUCGCUCCCGAGUCAGCCUGGGCAGAUCACUAGGCUGACCCACGUCUUCAGUUUCUGUUCUGGGGUUCUCUAGCUCAAAACCACAUAGAAUAUCCCCAGAGCAGGUGCUUGCUCACAGCCAGGUCAGCCCAAGGGUCCGCCAGGAAGCAGAACAUCACUGGGGACCUCCCCCUCUUCAGCUUCCUCUGGAGCUUCGUUAGGUCUAUGGGGUCUUCACGCUCCCUUGCCCAAGGUUGGCUGGGUUAGCGUGGCCCCCUUCCUGGGACCCACUUACAUGUGGUUGCUGGUCCUUUCUGGGAAGACUCCCUAGUCCCAGACAUCCUUCUGGAGACUUCACCCUCCAAGGAUCCAAUAGGCAAAGGGAAAGGGGCUUCUCAGGUAGCUCAUGAGGCUUUCGCUCGUUCCCGAACUAACUCACCAAAUACUGUUACUUCUCUUCCUAUACUUUCAGUUGAAUAAAAACAAAUUUCCCAAACA